GAUUUGCCUAAUUGUAAAUACCGGAAGUAUCACGUGACUAACGUAAACUAGACGAAUUUUGACGCCAUUUUCGCCGCAUGGAUAAUUGUUUUUGCGGAGAAAAACAAAUAUUUGGACUUUAAAAGGAUAAGCCAUAAAAAUGGCUUACAACUAUGUGAUAGGGCCGGGGGGACAGCCCAUCAUUCUCGGGCAGGUACAGAUGAUACAGCCCUUGAUGCAGGUGCCCGGGGCUCCUGCCCCCAUGCAACAGAUGAACACUGGUGUUCCUCCCCAACAACCACCUGUUCAGCAGACUAAAGUACCAGAUUAUAUGUCUGAAGAAAAGCUGCAAGAAAAAACCAGAAAAUGGCAGCAGUUGCAGUCCAAAAGAUACAGUGAAAAGAGGAAAUUUGGGUUUGUGGAUGUACAAAAAGGAGAUUUUCCUCCGGAGCAUGUGAGAAAAAUUAUUCACGACCACGGAGACAUGACCAACAGAAAAUUCAGACAUGAUAAACGUGUAUAUCUAGGUGCAUUGAAGUAUAUGCCCCAUGCAGUGUUAAAGCUGUUAGAAAAUAUGCCGAUGCCAUGGGAGCAGAUUCGUGAUGUUAAAGUACUCUACCAUACCACUGGAGCUAUAACAUUUGUCAAUGAAAUUCCAUGGGUCAUUGAACCGGUCUACAUUGCUCAGUGGGGAACAAUGUGGAUUAUGAUGCGUCGAGAAAAACGUGACAGACGUCACUUCAAGCGUAUGCGUUUCCCUCCAUUUGAUGACGAGGAGCCUCCCCUUGAUUAUGCAGGAAAUAUCCUAGAUGUUGAGCCCCUCGAGGCUAUACAGAUUGAACUGGACCCCGAGGAGGAUAAAUGUGUCGCAGAUUGGUUCUAUGAUCAUAAACCACUUGUUGAUACAAAGUCGGUUAAUGGUAGCACAUACAGAAAGUGGAACUUGUCAUUACCGGUCAUGUCCGUGUUGUAUCGUCUUGGCAACCAGCUGCUCACAGAUCUUGUUGACAACAACUACUUCUACCUGUUUGAUUUAAAGUCAUUCUUCACAGCAAAGGCAUUGAAUAUGGCCAUCCCAGGUGGUCCAAAGUUCGAGCCUCUGGUUAAAGACAAGGAAAUGCAGGAUGAAGACUGGAAUGAGUUUAAUGAUAUCAACAAGAUCAUCAUUCGUCAGCCAGUGAGGACCGAGUACAGGAUAGCUUUCCCUUACCUUUAUAACAACCUGCCAUUCCAGGUUCAUCUGUCAUGGUAUCAUUGGCCCAAUAUUGUAUUUAUCAAGACGGAGGAUCCUGAUUUACCUGCCUUCUACUUCGACCCUCUCAUCAACCCCAUAUCUCACAGACACACUAACAAGAGCACAGAUCCCCUACCAGAUGAUGAUGAAGAGUUUGAGCUGCCGGAAUACGUUCAGCCGUUCAUGCAUGACACACCUUUAUACACCGAUAACACAGCUAAUGGCAUUGCCUUACUCUGGGCUCCUAGACCCUUCAACACUAGAUCCGGCCGCACAAGGAGAGCAAUUGAUGUGCCACUCGUGAAGUCCUGGUACCGGGAGCAUCCACCAGCUGGCAUGCCAGUAAAGGUUCGAGUCUCAUACCAGAAACUUCUAAAGUAUUAUGUACUGAACGCCUUAAAACACAGACCGCCCAAGUCACAGAAGAAGAGGUAUCUGUUCAGAUCAUUUAAAGCUACCAAGUUUUUCGAGACAACGCAAUUAGACUGGGUGGAGGUAGGACUACAAGUAUGUCGUCAAGGUUACAACAUGUUGAACCUCCUCAUUCAUCGUAAAAAUCUAAACUACCUUCAUCUGGAUUACAACUUUAAUCUUAAACCUGUGAAGACAUUGACAACAAAAGAAAGAAAGAAAUCUCGGUUCGGAAAUGCUUUCCAUCUGUGUCGUGAAGUGCUUAGGUUGACCAAGCUUGUGGUUGACAGCUUUGUACAGUACAGAUUAGGAAAUGUUGAUGCUUUCCAGUUAGCAGAUGGUCUACAGUAUGUGUUCUCCCAUGUUGGUCAGCUGACUGGAAUGUACAGAUAUAAAUACAAGUUGAUGAGGCAGAUAAGAAUGUGUAAAGAUCUCAAACAUGUUAUAUACUACAGAUUUAAUACAGGUCCUGUUGGUAAAGGUCCAGGUUGUGGUAUAUGGGCUCCAGGGUGGCGUGUAUGGUUGUUUUUCAUGCGAGGUAUCACACCCUUACUAGAGAGAUGGCUGGGUAACUUGCUGUCCAGGCAGUUUGAAGGUCGUCACUCUAAAGGGGUUGCUAAGACGGUAACUAAGCAACGUGUGGAGUCGCAUUAUGAUCUAGAAUUGAGGGCAGCAGUGAUGCAUGACAUUUUGGACAUGAUGCCUGAAGGUAUUAAACAGAACAAGGCAAGAACCAUCUUACAGCAUCUCAGUGAGGCGUGGAGGUGUUGGAAGGCUAACAUUCCAUGGAAGGUACCAGGAUUACCCAUCCCUAUAGAGAAUAUGAUCUUGAGAUAUGUGAAAGCCAAGGCAGAUUGGUGGACAAACACAGCUCAUUACAACAGGGAGAGAAUCAGGAGGGGUGCAACAGUAGAUAAGACUGUAUGUAAGAAGAAUCUCGGCAGACUGACACGAUUAUAUCUGAAGGCAGAACAGGAAAGGCAGCAUAAUUAUCUCAAGGAUGGUCCAUACAUUACACCAGAGGAGGGUGUGGCUAUCUACACAACAACUGUCCAUUGGCUGGAGAGUAGGAGAUUUUCUCCUAUCCCUUUUCCUCCACUGUCAUACAAGCACGAUACCAAACUUCUUAUCUUAGCUUUAGAAAGGUUGAAAGAAGCAUACAGUGUGAAAAGCAGGUUAAACCAGUCACAGAGAGAAGAGUUGGGUCUCAUAGAGCAAGCCUAUGACAAUCCUCACGAGGCCUUGUCCAGAAUUAAACGUCAUCUUCUAACACAGAGAGCUUUCAAAGAGACUGGUAUUGAGUUUAUGGAUCUGUACAGUCACCUGAUACCGGUGUUUGAUGUGGAACCCCUCGAGAAGAUAACAGACGCGUACCUGGACCAGUACCUGUGGUACGAGGCUGACAAGAGACGGUUGUUUCCUCCAUGGAUCAAACCAGCCGAUCUAGAACCACCUCCCACUCUUGUAUACAAAUGGUGUCAAGGCAUCAACAACUUGCAGGAUGUAUGGGACACAGCAGAAGGAGAGUGUAACGUGAUGAUGGAGACAAAGUUUGAGAAGAUGUACGAGAAGAUAGAUUUGACACUACUCAACAGAUUGUUACGUUUGAUCGUAGACCAUAAUAUUGCUGAUUACAUGACAGCCAAAAACAAUGUUGUUAUCAACUAUAAGGAUAUGAACCACACAAAUUCAUAUGGUAUUAUUCGGGGUCUACAGUUUGCUUCGUUCAUCACCCAGUAUUACGGACUGGUACUCGACUUGCUGGUACUCGGCUUGAUGCGAGCCUCUGAGAUGGCUGGUCCCCCUCAGAUGCCCAACGCCUUCCUGCAGUUCCAGGAUGUUAAUACAGAGGCGGCCCAUCCAAUUAGGCUGUACUCAAGAUAUGUGGAUAGGAUCCAUAUAUAUUUCAGAUUUUCAGCUGAGGAAGCUCGUGAUCUGAUACAGCGUUAUUUAACAGAACAUCCUGACCCUAACAAUGAGAACAUUGUGGGCUACAACAACAAGAAAUGCUGGCCGAGAGAUUCUAGAAUGAGGCUAAUGAAACAUGAUGUCAACUUAGGUAGGGCAGUGUUUUGGGAUAUCAAGAACAGAUUACCUCGAUCUGUGACAACUAUAGAAUGGGACGGCAGUUUUGUUUCUGUAUACAGUAAAGACAAUCCCAACUUAUUAUUUAACAUGUGUGGAUUUGAGUGUAGGAUUUUACCCAAGUGUAGAACAACACAUGAAGAGUUUACACACAGGGAUGGAGUGUGGAAUUUACAGAAUGAGGUAACUAAAGAGCGUACAGCGCAGUGUUUCCUGAGGGUAGAUGAUGAGUCUAUGAACAAGUUCCAUAAUCGUGUCAGACAGAUCCUGAUGGCAUCCGGAUCCACAACAUUUACAAAGAUUGUAAACAAGUGGAACACAGCUUUGAUUGGAUUAAUGACCUACUUUAGAGAGGCUGUAGUCAACACACAGGAACUGUUGGACCUACUAGUAAAGUGUGAAAACAAGAUUCAAACCCGUAUUAAGAUCGGUCUCAACUCUAAAAUGCCCAGCAGGUUCCCUCCUGUAGUCUUCUAUACACCAAAGGAGUUGGGAGGUUUGGGAAUGUUGAGUAUGGGACAUGUUUUGAUACCUCAGUCAGAUCUGAGAUGGUCCAAGCAGACAGAUGUGGGUAUCACACAUUUUAGGUCGGGUAUGUCUCAUGACGAGGACCAGCUUAUCCCUAACUUGUACAGAUAUAUUAUGCCAUGGGAAAGCGAGUUCAUAGAUUCCCAGAGAGUAUGGGCGGAGUAUGCUUUGAAGAGACAGGAGGCCAACGCCCAGAACCGUCGUCUAACCCUCGAGGACUUGGAGGACAGCUGGGACCGUGGUAUACCUAGGAUUAACACCCUCUUCCAGAAGGACAGACACACCCUCGCCUAUGACAAGGGCUGGAGAGUGAGAACCGAGUUCAAAGCUUAUCAGGUUUUGAAGCAGAAUCCAUUCUGGUGGACACAUCAACGUCACGACGGUAAACUGUGGAAUUUGAACAACUACAGGACAGAUAUGAUACAAGCUCUCGGUGGUGUUGAGGGUAUAUUAGAACAUACUCUGUUCAAGGGGACAUACUUCCCUACAUGGGAAGGUCUCUUCUGGGAAAAGGCAAGCGGUUUUGAGGAGUCUAUGAAGUACAAGAAGCUAACCAAUGCACAGAGAUCCGGUCUGAACCAGAUUCCUAACAGAAGAUUUACACUCUGGUGGUCUCCUACAAUUAACAGAGCUAAUGUAUAUGUAGGUUUCCAGGUACAGCUAGAUCUGACUGGUAUUUUCAUGCACGGCAAGAUCCCCACGCUGAAAAUCUCAUUGAUCCAGAUAUUCAGGGCUCAUUUGUGGCAGAAAAUACACGAGAGUGUUGUCAUGGAUCU